CCAGAUCGCCCGGAUUGCGAAGUGAAAGAAAAAUGGCAAAAAGCGUAACUAAUGUUGACGCGGCCUUCCUGGCCUUCGUCUUUAUUUUUUCCCCGUAAUUAGAUCCGCGUACUCCAUAAGAUGAGCCAUGCCCACUCUGCCAGCUGCCACCCUCGCUUCGCCAAAACAGUGCCACGUCUCCCAACGACUGCCGGAAGCCGACGCUGAACUGGCUGAACGCCCAGCAGCGCCCAGCUGGCCUCAUUUCCCCCCCAAGCGCGGAACUGACGUCCACUGCUCGGCACCCGCCGCCAGGCUCUGCCCGCCGCCGCCUUCGUCCAUUCAUUCCUUUCCCCCCGAUCCAGCCAUCGUCAUGACGCCCAACCCAUUGCCACGCUCCCGAUAAACCCAGUAUCGGGUCUCCCCUCAGAUGGAUAGUAGUCAUGGCGUCACAGCCAUUACUCUACGAUAAUCAGUUCACGAAACAGGAGUCCACCGCUAUCACCAUGAUGCAAGACUGGAUGUCAUCGGGUCGCCUGCCGACCACAUAUCGGAUCGGCAACUCGACGCUGCGCUGCCAGCUCAACUUCGUGGUCACGGUGGCUGUGCUGGGGGUAGCCUGCCUGCUCCUGUUGUACGCUCUGCUGCCCUGGGGCAAGUACCACAUCAUCAGCGACAGCGUCGACGGCCCGGGCCACGAACAUGGGCACGCGCACAUCCUCCAAGAGUUCCUGCCGUACAACGCGACCUACCCGCUCUCGAAACCCGUCAUGUACGGCCGUAAGGUGAGGUACAAAAUCGGUGUCAUCGCCGAUUUAGACACCGAAUCCAAGUGCAAGGACGAGAAGGAGACGUGGAUCAGCUACCUGAAGGUAGGCUACCUAACGGUGGACAGGACGGCGAGCGAAGUGGACAUCGAGUGGGAGGACGGGAUGAUCACGCUCAAGAGUCAGAUCGCUCACGGCGGGAGAGGCAUGGAGCUGUCCGAACUGGUGGUGUUCAACGGGAAGCUGUACGCCAUGGACGAUCGGACAGGUAUCAUCUACGAGGUGCGCGGUGACAGGGUGAUCCCGUGGGUGUUUCUCAACGACGGCGCCGGUGAAGCUGGCAAGGGUUUCAAGAGCGAGUGGGCGACGGUGCGGGACGAGACACUCUACGUGGGCGGCCUGGGCAAGGAGUGGACAGACAACAAGGGGCGCGUCAUCAACCACGACCCACAGUGGAUCAAGAUAGUGACCCCCGGGGGACGGGUGGAGCACCGUGACUGGCAGGACAACUACCGCAAGCUCUGCAGCUGGGCCAACUACGGACCACCUGGUAGGCCUCGCAUGUGCCUAUUCUGAAGAUGAACUUACCUU